AUGUUCGACGGGCACAAUUCGUAUCGAUGUAUCGGAAAAGGCUUUUGCGGCAGCGUUUGGAUUGCCAAGGAGAACAGCACAAGCGUUGUCAAGCGCGAGGACGGAGGCCCUGGACGAUCUAUCACGAACGACUACAGCAUGCAUCUCAAGAUCAGUCAGAGCAUUGAACAACACUUCGCCUCUAUGCCGCUCGCAAUACCUCAAUGUUAUCAGCUUAUCCAGCCGAGCGACCUGUCCUGGUGGGACCUGUGUCUCCAUCGCUUCCCAACUGGCUAUGAAGAGUGCAGAGCGCUCAUAUCAGAAAGAAUCCCCAAAGUGCCCCGAUCAGUCAGCGACAAGAUCGUAGAUCUAUCUCUGCCUGAGAACACAACAAUGGCCGCCUUUGUAAAGGGUAAUAAAGAUGAUGAUGAUUGUCUCAUUCGACCCUACCUAGGGCGGCGGAGAGGUAACAGAUCAUCAAGCACAUCGCGCUUCCAGCGCUUCAGCCUCCGAAACGUUGCGCUGCAUAUCAAUCAAAUGGAAGACCUAGGGCUGGAUGUUGUCGCUUAUGCGAUGACUAUGGCGGAUGCGCUUGCCUUGAUGUACUGGGGUGCUGGAGUCAACGUGGAUGAUGUCGAGUUCGUUCUUGCGCCUCCCAGACCCAUGUCAUCGCCAACCUUCGCGUCCGAGUCUCUCGGCGAGCAUGUCAUGUGGGUUCUGGACUUUGAUCGUGCAUCGCUACUGCGACAACUUGUAGCCGGGCCUCGCGCCAGGCAUGCUGAAGCCGGCCUCGAUCUGUGCUAUGUGACAGACAACAUAAUCGCUACAUCAGGCCCCAGCGGCACUUACCCCCAGCGCGCGUAUCGCAACCCGCUCGAUUCACUCGUCAAGUUUCUCGACUCCAAACAUGGCGAAGACUGGGCUAUAUGGGAGUUCCGCGCCGAAGGGACGGGCUACCCAGACUCAGAAGUCUACAAUCGCGUCUACCACUACCCUUUUCCCGACCACCACCCGCCGCCUUUCGCCCUCAUACCAAACAUUAUGGCCAGCAUGCGCAACUGGCUGCAUGAGAAGAAGGGCAGAGUCGUCGUAGUACACUGCAAAGCCGGGAAGGGCCGGUCGGGCACUGCUAGUUGCAGUUAUCUGAUCAGCGAGGAAGGCUGGCCGGUGCACAAGGCUCUGGACCGCUUCACUGAGCGGCGCAUGCGGCCGAACAUGGGCAAAGGCGUCAGUAUUCCCAGUCAACUACGCUGGAUAGACUACGUGGACCGCUGGGCAAAGCACGGCAAGAUAUAUGUAGAGCGACAGGUGGAGAUUCUCGAAGUGCACUGCUGGGGCCUUAGAGACGGCGUCAAGAUCCAGGUCGAAGGCUUCGUCGAGGACGGCAAGCUCAUCAAGAACUUCCAUACCUUCACACGCGACGAGCGAGAGAUUGUACGGGGUGAGGUCAAGACUACCGGCAUGGCACAGGCGGUGCAAGAGGUCAUGUACAAGAACGGCUUCGGCCCGUCAAAGACUAGCGAAAGCUCCAAGAAUGCUUCUACGUCCUCCCUGGAACAGCAGAACAACAUCGAUGGCACCACUACCGAGCCGAGAGCAUCGCGCGAGAGCCUGCCUAUGGGCACCGGCGAUGUCGUCUUCCGUCCGUCCAAGCGUGUAGUUCUUCCCACAAACGAUGUCAACAUCGAUGUUGAGCGACGCAACAAAGCCGCCUUCGAUCUGACCAUGGUCACCGCUGUCGCGCACGUUUGGUUCAAUACAUAUUUUGAAGGUAAUGGCCCUGAGCAGAACGGCAACGUUGACCAAUCCGGCAUCUUCGAGAUUGCAUGGGAGGCCAUGGACGGCAUCAAAGGUUCAUCGCGGAAAGGCACACAGGCUUUCGAGCGUAUAGCAGUAGUCUGGCGCGCGCUUUCUAGCGACGAAGGUCGACCUGGUGUUGUCAUCACAGAACCGAAAGAGGGAGAGCCGGUCUCACAAGCGGGACCCGCAGAUUGGAGGGGUACUAAGGGUGUGGAGCCGUCCGAAGACAAAGAUCUAGGUGUUCGUACAGCCAGUCCACCUAACGCUGAUUCAGACAUCAGUCGAGCAAAUAGCGUCCGAAGCGAGAACAAGAACAGCGCCAACAUCGUCAACGCUCCCGGACGAAGAGAUAGUGGAGACAGUGACACCAAGGAUGUCCGGUCACAUGGUCCAAAUGGAGAAGAAGUUUUGACAGAGCCAAAUGGUUCCCGCGCAAGUACAGAGGCUAGCGGCAGUGGGUCGACAGCGCCAGCCUCGCACCCUACACUAUCAAAUCGCCUAGAUAACUCUAGCAAUGCUGCUAGUGACUCGCAGGCCAUCGACCAACCUACUGGGUCACACAAGAGCGGGGGUCAUGUCAGUGGAGUUGCGGAGAGCCUCAAGUAUCACAUCUCAGGAGCAGCUCACACCAACGAUCUACCUGAUGGAAAGCCCGAGAAUGAAAUGAAGGAUGCGAAGGAGCAUGGAUUGGGACACAUGACUUUUGGCAAGAAGAAAUCAAGUUCCCGCAGCGCCACCGAGCUACUGCAGUAUAAGAGCGGAAGGUCGCUUGCUAGGCAGCAGAUUCGAACCACCGUGUUCACCAGCCAAGCAAAUUCGCUCCCAACAAUAUCAGCCUUGUUGAGUUCGGCUAGGCAGAACUCGCCAUUUGCCAGAUCCGCGUUCAGUGGACAAGAUAUAAAACAAAGCCAGCCUCACAGACCGGCAAGUUUGACACUCAUGAACGAUCCAGAAACGUCCAAGGAGUCUUCCGAUAUCCCUCCAUUACCUGAAACGGCAAACAAAAAGCUUUCCGACACUUCUUCAUCUUCACCAGUCAUUGUAGCGACACCAUCAGUAACUUCUGAUCCAGACGAUCUUACUCUACACAAGCGAAGGAUGGAUUCAUCACAGGAAACUAUAGAGACUCAAACCAUUGACAAAGGCAAGACGACAGAAGAGCAGCAGAGUUCUGUUUCUCCAUCUGAAAUCGAAAAGCCAGUAGUUGACGUGGUUAUUGCAAAGAAAAAUACCGACAGACAGAAGAAGCACGUAUCAAAGAAGUCGAGACAGAAAGCUGACGAGAGCUCUGUGUCUGACGUUAGUGACUCUGACAGCAGUACCGAGUCUGAGGACAGUAGCGAGGACGAGAGGGCUAAGCGCAAGAAGAAGCGGAAAUUAACUGCGAAGCGAGCGGCAGCGAAAAAGAAGAAGAAGCAGAAGGCAAAGGCGAAAGCUAAGAAGAGCAAGAGUAGAAAGCACAAUACCGUGAGCGAGGAUGAAAUCUCAUCUGAUUCUUCCGACUUGAGUUCCGACUCUGAAUCUAAGGAUGAUGAUAAGAAGAGGCGAAGCAAAGCUUUGAAAGCGAAAGCCAGGAAGAAGAGAAACAACAAGCUCGAAAGUUCCAGCGAUGACAGCGCAUCAAAUACUUCGAGCUCCUCUAGCAGCGAUUCUGAUUCUGAAGACGAAAAGUCGAAACGCAAGCGAGCGAAAGCGAAGGCAAAGCGGAAGGCUAAGAAGGCAAAGAAGGUUGAUAGCUCUGAAUCAUCAUCAGAAUCGUCAACAUCCGAUGAUGAUACUACCGUACCACCAACUCCUCCCCCGGAGCCCCCACUUCCGGGAGACGAUCUCGACACCCAGGUGGCCAAAGUCAGUGGUAUCCUCAGCAAUCUUCAGGCCCAAAAGGCUUCUCUUAACGCCGCGGCAGCCGCGGCAGCCGUAUCCACUACGAAACUUGAAAAGCCAGUCAAGAAGAAUGUCCUUGAAUUCAAGCGUGUCGAUCAAGUUUUUGAUAUGAAGAUUCGUGAUUGGAAACUUGUUGAAAGUAACUCUGAUCAGAAAGAUGAGUUUGAUUGCGUAUUUACAGUACGGAGAAGACUCAAUUGGGAAGGCAAGUAUCAAGAGACUCAACUAGACAUCAAGUCUAAGCUACUUCGCAAUGCACUUCAAGAAGUGUUCAAGGAUUGCAAGAGCAUCAGUCUUGUGGAAGAUACACCGCAAAUUGAUCCUCACACACUUUUUCACUACUACGAGGAGCUGAAGAUCUUCAUCAAGAAGACUCUCAAACCAAAGCUGAAGAAGGCGAAGAAGACGAAAGAUCAGAAGCGCCUCAAGCAGCAGAUUGCGCAAUGCAAACUUCUCUUGAGCUAUAUCGAUGAAGAUUACUCCGCGACACGCAAAGCGCUGCGACCAAUGCUCAAAGCAGGUACAAUCACGUAUGAUCUCGUAUGGGCCUUGUUCAAGCCGAACACUAUCGCCUAUACACCGACAUACCACAACAAAGAUGACCCUCGCUGCUUCAAGGUUGACACCGCGUAUGAAUACGAGAGCUGGAUGACAGGAAUCAAAUCCUGGUAUGUAGACGGCAAGUAUCUGGAGUACGACGGAAAGUCUUUCGGUCUCGGAGACCAUCAGAUCACAAUCCAGGCCUUCAAGGGCCACAAGAAGAUUACUAGUCUCUCUGCAUAUCCGUUGAAGUACCACAAAGAUCCGGAGGGUAUCAGGAAUCAACUGAUCGAGCGGGGCAAAAAGUUCGUCGCUCUUCAAGGUAUGAACUUCCGCUUACAAAAGGGUAUCGCGUACAUGAAGCACAAGAACAACAUCAUCCGCUUCAUCAUCAAUGGCCGCGUCAUGGUUGAUCCGGCUAUCUUCCGCCGCAUCAAUCCCAAUUAUCCGCUCUCUUACCUCAAGCAAGAUGAGCUAGCCCAGAACGAGGAGAAUGGCGAAUGUGAUGACGAAGAGAGCGACAAUGAUUGCUGCUGUGGAUCUGACGAAGACGAAGAGAAAGAAGAGCAAGACAAAAUGCGUAUCGUCAUGUGGAGAGACAAGAAAGGCAAGAAACACCCCAUCCGUGUGCCACAAAGCGUGGUCGACAAGGAGAAGGGUGACAGUCCAGACAAUUCGAUCGAGACAGACGCGGACGGCAAUGAGGUCAAGCAGCAGGUCUUUACGGAAGAGGAGCUGAUCAUUGCGUCGCCAGUCGUGCUUGGAUUCGCCUUUUCCGAAAAACUCUGGCUAGAGUUUUCGCUCUCUGGAAUUGACAAGAUCAAGUGGAAUGCUGAGGCCUUUGACAGUCUCGUCUUGCCUAGUCGCAUCAAGCAGAAUCUGAAAGGCUUGGUCUCGUCGCACCGCUUCAAUGCUGCGAAGACGAUCGACGACGUGAUACAAGGCAAGGGGAAGGGCCUCAAUGUUGUAUUACACGGACCACCGGGUGUUGGAAAGACAUUGACUGGCGAAUCUAUCGCUGAAUACCUGAAGUGUCCGCUUUAUGCUGUCUCGGCAGGCGAGCUAGGUACCAACAGUCGGUCUCUCGAGACGGAUCUCAAUCGCAUCAUGGAUAUUACGCACUCCUGGGGCGCUAUCCUUCUCCUUGACGAAGCAGAUGUCUUCCUCGAAGCGCGUCAACCCCACGAUAUCCAUCGUAACAGCCUCGUGUCUGUCUUCUUGCGUCUGACGGAGUACUACCAAGGCAUCCUCUUCUUGACAACCAAUCGUGUUGAGACAUUUGACGAAGCUUUCCAGAGCAGGAUUCACAUGGGUAUCCGGUACGAGAAUCUACAGGCCAAAGCGAGGAAGAAGAUCUGGCAGCACCAUGUUGGUAAAGUGGAGCAGAUGGGUCGGGAUGCCGAGGCGGAGAAGAAGAGCAAGAAUAGCGCCAAAGAAGGCGGGGAAGUGAAGACAAAGGUAGAGAAGAUUGAGGAGGUGAUGAAGCCGUUCACGGAAGCGGACUUUGACGAGCUAAGUAAGAAGAGUAUGAAUGGUCGACAGAUCAAGAACACGGUCAAAACGUCGCAAUCGAUCGCGCUCUCGGAGAAGUCGGUGUUCAGCAUGGAGCAUGUCAGGCGUGUACUCGAGGUCGCUGAGGCGUUCGAGGAUGACAUGCGUGGCGGCAAGGGCUACCGCGAUGCGAUGAGACAGUACACUUGA